UAUAUAGAAGAAAAAAAAGAGCUGAUACAACACCCUGGCACCGGCGCAUUAUCACAUCUAUGACAAUGAUAAAUGAGCGUGAGAGCAGUGCAUGUGUAUUGGGAAAAAUCUAUAGAAAAAAAUGGAGCAAAAUCUAUAUGUGGAAAAACUCUCUCUGACAAGCUAAUGUACUCUCCGCUUAGCGGUGGAAAACGAACAUUUCCAUUUAAGUGAGCACCACAUAGUACGACGGAACGAUACACGGGUUGUUUCCGCUUUUGACUAAACGCAAUGUUCUAGUUGUAUAUUAAACGUUGUGUUAUAAACGUGUGUGGUGGCUGGGAAGUGAUUAACAAACAGUGAAAUACAUAUGUACUUACAUAUUUAUUAUACAAAAAGUGUACCAUUGUGACUUUAUACAAACAUUCAUACUUUUCUACUAGCUGUCUUUCUAUUAGUGUUGUUGCUUUCAAAAACGAAAAAGCCCUCGGUUUUGCUUACAUCCAUACGUAUGUAGUACAUAUCUGUUCUGUUCUAUAUAUACAACAACAGAAAAACAACACAGGCGCAAAGUAGGGAGGUGGGAAAGUAACAAAAAAAAAAAACUAAUGGAAUCGAAAUAAGAAAAAAUCAACAACACAGUUGUGAAAAUCAAAGCACACACUCUCAUACACUUACAUAUUUAUUAAAAACUGACUGAAUGAAAUAACAAAAACAAAAGAAGAAAAAACGUCACUAUAUGAACCAAAAGAGGAGUAGCUACAUAUUUCCAAAAUAAAGCUCCACACUCCAUAAUUACCUACCUAUAAUAGAUUUUAAACAUUGCUAUAUAUUUUGUACUUGACUUUAAUAAAAUCAGCAAAAAUCAAAAAUCUAUUUAAUCGCAAAAAUUUUAAGAAAAAAAAUUUGCACUUUAAAAUUAAUCAGUUUUGCUAAAUUUGCAUAAAUUAAAGUGCAAAUUAUUGUUGUUACGAAUACAAAUACAACAACAUGAAACCCACAACGAAAACAACAACUACAAAUAAUAAUAACAAUAAUGCUAAAGAUGUUACAAUUACAACCAUCAAUGACCACAAUAAGGUACCACGCGUGGAAAAAGUGGUCUUUGACAAUCGCAUCAAACGCAAAAAUGUAUUGGCUUUAAAUGAGAAAGUUGCUGCCAUACGGGAAUAUGAAAAACGUCCCGUCUACAAACGUAUCGGACGCAUGUUUCACUGCAGUCCCGAUCAAAUAAAACGUAUAGUACAGCAAAAAGGUGAGAUAUUAAAUGCGUGGGAACAGAGAACGCGCAAAUGUCGUGAUGCCAAGACAUUGGAAAUGAAAGUGGUCAAGGUGUCAAUGUUGGGAAAGGCCGUCUAUGAAUGGAUCCGUAGAAUGAUGUAUUACAAGGAUAUUUUAAUAACGGAUGGUCUCAUACAAAAGAUGGCUUUACAGUUUAAGAGCUCCAUGGGUCUGCAGAAUUUCUUUCCCCACCAGGAGUGGUGUGAUAAAUUUCGUUCAACCUAUAAUAUUUCCACAUGCGACAGUAAAUUGCUAAAUAUUGGCUACACGCAGGGACAAUCGGUGCAAAUAAAGGAUGUUAUGAAAGAUGUGCUAUCUGAGUGCUCUCCAGAUCACGAUGACAACAAUGAUGAUGAUGAAGUGGAAUAUAUUGAGGACGGGGAUGACGAGGACAAUGGUAAUUGUGAAAACGAUUGCAUAAGCAUUCACAGUGAUGAGGGGGAGAUGAAAGUGAAGAGCAAGUUAAGAAAGAAAAUAACGGAUAAAAAUGUUCAGAAAAUGCCGAACAAUGAGGCCACCACUAAAACAGUGCAAAUAAUGCCACAUGCCCAAUUGCAGAGCUUAAGACAGUUGGUGGGACUACCAAUACAAUCAAAUGGUCUACCAGGCAUGUCUCAAAAGGUUCUGGUAGCUACGCCAAUAGUGGCUCCGGGACAAAAGCAGGGUUCAACACCCAUGACCAUGACUAUUAUACCAUUGGCCUCUUUAGCUCAACCCUCAAAUGCUAUAAAUACAGCCACAACAUCUGUAACAACUUGCUCCACCUCCCAUAAUAACAACAACAAUAGUAGCAACAACUAUGUAAAAGAUCAGCAAGUAGCUGUACCGCCUCCAUUGCUGGAAAUUAAAAAAGAAAUCAAAGAGGAACCCAAAGAUGAUGAUAUAUUGAAAAAAACCGAAGAGGAAAUUAUACAAAUUAAGAAAGAAUAUCUAACAGAUGAUGAAGAUGUAGCAGAGACUCCAGCAAAACAACAACACACACCUGCCCUACAAUCCAACACACCUACACAUAUUGUAGCUAUACCUUUAGCCAACAAGGAUAUGAUAGAAGAGUCUACAAAUGAUUCCCUAGAUGAUCUCACACUGUCAUCUUUAAGAAAACGCAUCAAAACUGAAGAACCUUCGGCCGAACAGAUUAUGCCAACAGAAAGAAAUUCUUCUCCCCCACCCUUGGCAUCAAUAUCAGUAACAGCAGCCUCAUCAUCCUCAAGACCUGUGGAAAUGCCGCCUAUGCCUCCUUUAACUAAAGCUCCUACCCAAAGAAAUACCACCUCUUCAACGCCAUCACCUAAAGAAACUCCAGCUCCUUCUCUUACCCCUGUACCACCUACCAACCGCUCUAGUCAUAAACGUUUAAGAUCGAACGAAGACCAGCCGGCUUUACCACCAAUUCGAUCAUAUGCCGAGGGUAGAAAAUAUUUGAAACUCUUGGAAGAUUUCGCUUUGGAACGUGAGAAUUUCCGUUUGAUCGGCCUAAUAACCAGAGCCGAUGAAGUACUAAGAGAAUUAGAUCGUAAAGAAAACAAUGAAGAUGAUGAUGUUGAUAUAGAUUAGAUAAGAGGUGGUGUGGUGGUUUUUAUUACAAUACAUUUUCAUUAUUUCUAUUUUUGUACCAAAAAUUAAAUGCCAAAGUGUGUUUAUUGUUAACAUAGUUGUUUAAGUUAGUUUGUGAUUAUAUUCAAAUGAUUUUAUAUGUAAAUAUGAUUAAACAUGAUCCAAAUUAAAACAAAAUUUUCUAAGAAAAUGAAUUUCUAUACUAUAUGUAAUUUAGUUUGUAAAUAAUACAAAAAACCAAGCUGUGCUUAAAUAAAAAAAAAAUUCUAAAUAA